AUGAACAGUCGACAGCAAACGACACUGGCGGGUACCAACAGGCUCGACCCUCCGAGUACAGGGAGCGAGUUUUCACAGGCGAGCAUUGGCCGCUACUGGCCAAUAUAUUUUCCGCGUCACGACUUUAGCUCAGUGACGGUCGAGUGCCUGCAGGACAUACGGAGCCUUGCGGCAUAUCUAAAGAGGUACACCGAGUCUUUCAGCAUGGAGACUACACACUCGUGCCAGUUCAACUACGACAGGCUCACACAGCCUGGGCCCAUGGCCGACUUUGUGCAGCGGCUCCGCGAUGAGCCAGAGCGCCUGUUGACCUGCCUCGGGCUGGCAGUGUGCCUAGUGCUGAACAAGGAGUACGGAUCGGAGGCGGAGUACUUGGUCGGUGACCGUAGGCUGCACAUCCGGCUGCUUCACCACAAGCCGCAAACGAACAUGAAGCAUCUCAAGUCGAGCCUUGUCGGCAAGCUCGUGACUGUUCGCGGAACCGUCGUGCGCACAUCCACGAUUAAGCCGUUGCUGGUUCAGGCCGACUUUAUAUGCUCCAAAUGCGGCAGGUCGCAGCUCAUGAAGAUUGUCGAGGGUAAGUUCGAGACGCCCGCAAGGUGCCCGACGCAGGGUUGCAAAAACCGCGUAUUCGAGGUUGACCGCAGGGUCGGCUCCGACACCAAAACCAUUGACUGGCAGCAGAUUCGCAUUCAAGAGAAAAUCAACGACGAUCCGAAGGACCCAGGGCGUGUUCCGCGCAGCAUUGAUGCCGAGCUGCUCAGCGACAUGGUAGACUCGGUUGUCCCAGGAGACGUGGUCAACUGCACAGGCAUUGUCAAGGUGACACAGUCUGAUGAGGGCAAAGGCAAAGGUCGCGCCAACUCGCUGUACAUUCUGUACCUCGAUGCCGUCGCCAUAAACAAAGUUGGCGGCGGCGACGAUGGGUCGAACAGAUCGUCGUCGUAUAUGAACGGGCUGAGUCAAGACAAGGACGCCGACAAUGAUGAGAAUGAGAUGACAACCAAGGACGGCAUCCAUUUCUCGAGCAAAGACCUGCUUUUCAUCCGCAAGGUGUACCAUGAACCGCGGCUGUUUCGGCUGCUGGUUCACUCGUUUUGUCCGGGAUUUUCGGACACGAAAUGGCAGAGCACGGAGCGCGGCAGCAUGAACAUUCGCAGCGACUCGCACGUCCUGGUUGUCGGUGACCCUGGCCUAGGCAAGUCGCAGAUGCUCACUGCGGUUGGCCAAAUUGCGCCGCGCGGCGUGUAUGUCUGCGGGACCAGCGGCAUCUCAUCCAGUGGCCUAACUGUGACGCUGGUCAAGGAGUCCGGGUCGGGUGAUUUUGCGCUCGAGGCCGGGGCUCUGGUUCUCAGUGACAUGGGGUGCUGCGCCAUCGACGAGUUUGACAAGGUCAGCUCCGAGCACAGCUCUUUGCUGGAGGCAAUGGAGCAGCAGUCGAUCAGCAUUGCCAAGGGUGGCCUGGUAUGCAGCCUUCCGGCGCGCACCAGCGUAAUUGCCGCUGCGAAUCCCGCCGGCGGCCACUACAACAAGGCAAAGACAGUCGCAGAGAACCUCAAAAUCAACAGCGCCCUGCUGUCGCGCUUCGACCUGAUAUUCAUUCUGCUAGACCGUCCUGACGCCGACAUGGACAAAUUUUUGUCUGAGCAUGUAAUGGCUAUCCAUUCAGGCUCCAAAACCGGAACCAACUCCGAAUAUGGAUCCAGCGCGCACGACGCAGAAAUAGGCGCCCACAGCAGCGACGACGCGGCAGCAGCGGCCGGUGCAACUUUGAGGGAACAGCUGCUUGUGCGUCCGGGGGAAAAGAUAGAUCCGCUGCCACCAGCUUUGUUGCGAAAGUACGUGGCAUACGCGCGCAAAUACGUGCAGCCCCGUUUGUCGCCGCCAGCCACACAGAAACUAAAGGAAUUUUACCUUGAGCUGCGCAAGAGCCAUCGCGCCAUUGACUCGACGCCGAUCACUACCAGGCAGCUCGAGGCGCUGGUUAGGCUGGCCGAGGCGCGGGCGCGGGCAGAGCUGCGCGAGAUUGUGACCGAGGGAGAUGCCGAUAAUGUGAUUGAGAUAAUGAGGCAUAGCUUGUUCCAGACGUACGAGGACGAGGACGGCACCAUGGAUUUUAGCCGGUCGCAGAUGGGCACGGGCGUCAGCAGUGCUGGCGAGCUCAAAAGGUUUGUCGCAAAGCUACAGCGAAUCAGCGAGGAAACGUACAACAAUAUGUUUACGUUCUCCAUGAUGCACUCGAUCGCGACCAAGAUGGGCCUGCACUUUUCGAACUUUAACGAUGUCGUCGAUAAGCUCAACAAUCAAAGCUUCCUGAUUAAAAAGGCGCACAAGACGUACCAGCUCACUACCUUUUAA